CAACAUUGAAGUAACAUAAAGGCCCUAGUAUAAAGUAACUAUUUAAUGAAACAAAAUGAAAUUAGUUUGUGAAACUUGUGUGAUCAAACGUGCAAUGCCAGCCGGGAAACGGGUCUUCCAGAAGACAAUUCUAGCCGUUGGGAAAAAUAGUGACAAGAAACCGGACGAAACGGUCAUCAUGUUGAUAACGAAUGCCAACAAAUCGGGAACCAAGUACGGUCUGAAGAAGAACAUCAGCAAAAUUUUUACCCGAUUCCUGGCUGAAGGGAAGGCUACCAUUUCCUUUAACAUUCCCGAGCACGAUGUGCAGAUCAAAUGCGAAGUAGUUCAACUGACCAGUUUCCUGAAGGUGCUUAAAUCGGUCCUAACAGGGGAUGCGACUAGCGACGGAUCAGCAAAUGGCGUUAAACUGGCAUGUCUGUCGGUGGCCAAUAAGAAGACUUCAGUUCUAUCCUCAACCAAAGUACUGGCGACAAAGUGUAUCGUCCGAAGCAGAGGUGACUAUCCAUUGAAAGGUUUCUCUCAAAAUCUGGUGGCCCUACAUAUAUCCGACAUUAAGUUGGCACGUUUCGAUCCGCAAAUUUUUCUGUUAAAAAAUCUCCGCAAUCUAAACCUUUCUAAUAACUGUUUGGAAAAACUGCCACCAGCACUAGGGGAAAUGAGACUCAACGACAUUGACGUGUCCGGAAACGCUCUUCAGAACGACAAGUGGGAAUGGCUUAUGAAUCCUACCAUACAAUCCAGUCUGCAAAGUCUCAAUCUAUCCGGCAACAAUUUAACAUAUUUUCCGAUUAAUCUCAUCUACUCCCGAGCAUUAGUUCGACUUGAUCUGCAGUCAAACUACAUCGAAAAGCUCCCAUUUGCAGUGUGGAAAAUGGUACGCCUUCGUUUUCUCAACCUAGCGAACAACCAAAUCGGCUCGGUGCCAGAAUCAAUGGUUCGCAUGAAGCUAGAACAAGUCGAUCUGUCGGAGAACAAACUUGCUACCGAUUCGUGCACAGUUCCAGAUCUACGAGUUGCAGUGACCGUCGGACAUGUUGCUGCACUGUGGGAAAUUGCUGCUCGGGUGGUUGUUGCUCGUAAAGUUCGCUACACUACCGGGAUGAUCCCAUUCUUACUGAUAGAAAUCAUGAAUCGGACACCGAUUUGUGGAUGUGACCUGCUAUGCUUCACCUCCAAGGUUUAUGAACGGGCCAAAGUGAUACGCUUGAACUGUCAGCAUCUAAUAAUGAACAGCAAUAACGUGUUGUACGCGGAUUGCGUGUUCUGUAGUCAACGAUGUAGCACCAGGCAGUAAAGUAGGAAACCUCAUUACGGUAUUUAUAUAAUUUAAAUGUUUAAAAUUAGUUUAGUUACCUGUAUUACAUAUA